GAGUGUUUGGAUAAUGACACAGAGGAUGUCUGUGUGGAAAUAUGUCUGGAUAUACGUAGACUGCGCUUUGUUGAUUUGGUGUAUUUUCAUGGGAAUUACAGCACAGCCUGAAGUGUCAUAGGAACUAGUUCAUACAAGUCCGGCCUUGGCAGGAUGAUGUAGGGUAGAUAAAGGCAUGUCACAUAAAUCUUAUCUCUUUUUUUCUUUUUGGCUGUUCUCCUCUUUUUUUCAUGGGACACUUUCCUCUGCCUCUAGUCUAUACCUGUCUGAGUUGGAGUAUCACUCAUCAGAAUUCUUAUCAGCCCACAGGGUGGAGCAAAGGGCAGUAUGUCAGUACGAAUGUGUCUGUGUGGGGUGUGGUUGUAGCAGGGAUUCAGUGAGUGUCUCCAUAACAGCUGUACAGAGUGGCAGAACUGGAGGGAUGAGUGUCUGUAACAAUAAGACAAAGAGGACAGAACGAGAACAGGAAUUCAUGAAAGAUUAAAAUGUUUCCUUCUCCUCGCUGAGUGCAACCUUACAUCUAGAGCACCAAUGUCAAACAUGACCAGGGGGGAGCUCCUCUGCCCCUUGCUACAGGACAUGCAGAACCACAGCGACAACAACAACAACAAAGAGGCUAAUUCGGUGGUUGUUUGCAUCCAUGGUCUGUUCUCCUGCCUGGGGAUCUUGGAGAACGCCCUGAUCCUCUGGGUGGUUGGCUUCCGCCUGCGAAAGCGCACAGUAGCCUCUGUCUGGGUGCUCAACCUCGCCAUGUCUGACUUCCUAGCCACCCUGACACUCCCCCUUUUUACCUCAUACCUUUACUACGCCCAUAGCUGGGAGCUUGGCAACCCACUUUGCAAAACACAGGCUUCCAUUUUCUUCUUGAACAUGUUUGUGUCAGCUUUCCUGCUGGCAGCAAUUUCACUGGACCGCUUACUUUUGGUGGUCAAGCCAGUGUGGUGCCAGAAUCAUCGGUCAGUGGCAGGAGCAUGGAAGGUGUGUGCAUUGGGUUGGCUAUGGGCAGCGAUUAAUACCUUGCCUUACACCUUAUUCCGUUCAGUUAUUAAGAAACAUGAUGGGCGGAAUUUGUGCUAUCAUGAUUUUGCCUUGAUUUUAUCCUCUCAAGCCACUCUGGAGAGAGAUUGCAAAGUAAGGCAUGCGGCAACAGCAAUCUCCAAGUUGCUGCUAGCUUUCCUCUUUCCCCUGGCUGUGAUUGCUGGGAGCUACAUCCAAAUAGGUCUCAUCCUGAGGAAAAGGAGCAAGAGGAGGAAGCAGAGCACCAUGAGACUAACUGAUGCACUGAUUGUGUCAAACAAAAACGGAGGAUCAGGAAUUACAAAUACCCAAAAAAACACCAAAACUAAUAAGCCUCUGACUUCCCGUCCAUCUUUAACCUCAACACCUACUACCUUGUCCCCCACCACCUCGAAUCAGAUCAAUCAGGGCCAGCUGUCCCAGAGCUUCAUCAAAAUGGUAACAUUUGUGAUUGCAGCAUUUGCACUGUGCUGGGCUCCCUAUCACAUCUUCUGCAUGAUUGAAUUGACGGCCCAGUACCGGAGGAAUAACCUCAGUUUAGUGGAGGUGGGUCUGCCCCUAGCUACAACCACUGCAUUCUUGAAUCCAGUGUUGAACCCCAUUCUGUAUGCCUUCAGCUGCCCACACUUCUGUCAAAGGAUACGGCAGAGUCUGGGAGCAGUGUUUGCCACAUUGGUAGAAGAGGAAGGAGGGUUGCUGAUGGUCCCAGGGAAAAGUAUACGAGCUCAUAUUAGAAGGAAAAGCAGUCGAGAUGUGAGCCCAGCAACACCAGGGUCACCAAAGGGUUCAUUGUCACCCAGUAAAUCACCUGACAUCCAACAGCCCUUCCCAUCGCCUAUGGCUUCUGAAUUCCUUGAAGACCCUCACAUGGAGAAUAAGGACAUGAAUGAAAAAAUGAGAUGGAGCAUAGAUGAGGUAGUACUGGAUUUCUAGCUUUAUGUUUGAGAAAGCAGAAUGCUUAUUUUCAAACAUGUCAGAUAUGUCUUUGUGUAGAAGGCCUCGGACCUAUCGUAUUAUAGCUGUGGCCACCACAAAGUGUUUGGGAAAGGAGUGACUAGUGUGCUUUGAUACAAUAUUUCCAUCCUUUCCAGUAGUAUGGCUGUAAGGAUAGAAACAUCAGUCAGUUUAUCCACCACUUUGGUCCAGACUGAAAUAUCUCAACAAUUACAGCAUGGCUUCCCUUGAAAUUUUAUACAGACAUUUGUGGAUGAAUCCUACUGACUUUGGUGAUUCCCUGACUUUUCCUCUAUGGCAACCAUGAGGUUGACAGGUGCGAUUUGAUUUGAUGUCUUGAAACCUACAGAUUUUUCUGAUCUAUCCUUUUUUUCAUGUGAAAUCCUGUAUAAUGUUGCUUCUUCGAGCCCGUAUUCAAAUGAAAUGUAUUCAAAUAAAACAUGAGAAAGGAAAGUCCUAUGCAAAUUGUGACAAGGGGACACAAGUACACAGCGCUUUUGUUAAGGGAUCACAAGCUAGAAACAGUAAAGACCGAGAGAUAGAGGACGAAGAGAUUGAGUGUUUGUGCCCUACUGGCCACCAGAGAGCAGUAUAGCACUGAUUGCAUAAACAGAGGUGAAAUUACAUGGUAGGAUUGUGCUUUUCAGUUCCUGUAAUCCAGGAGCACUUUAAAUCUGAACUGCUGUAUGUCUGACCACCUUUCUGAGUGAUUGGAUUUGAUUAUAUCUGAUAUCCAUUUUGAUUGACUGUCUCAUCGCCAUCACCGCAAUUGUCUGGUUUCAUCCCACGCAAUUGGACUCACACACACACACACACACACACACACACACACACACACACACACACACACACAGGCUGAGGUGUAAUGUAGGCCACAGCAACAUGGGAUUACCAUAGAGGUAGUUGUAAUUUGGAGAGAAUAUUAGAGAGUGAAGAUCCAGAAUAUAAAGACAGCACAGGAUUAAAUCUAACAGAUCACACUGACAUAUAAAGUUCCACUUUUCCUCUCAAUCAUUCAGUUCCAGCACAUUAUUUUUAUCUCACUUUGUUUCUGUCAAGGAGAAGAUGUAAAGAAAACAUUAAGAACUUUAAGAGAAGUGAAAAAAAAGAAAAGUGAAAGAUAAAAUUCAGCCUCCCUCCCCACCCAAAUAGUUUUCGCUAAGGCAGGGGUUGGAAGAUCCAGUUGACAAGCAUUUGAGACAAGGCCAACAAAUGUGAGUAAAGACUUAAAUAGAAUUAAAAUUACUGCAGAAAAGACAGCAACACAUGAGAUAAAAGAUAAUCCACCAGCAUUUGAACAGCGAGAAAUUUCACAACAUAAGAUGUUGAAAACGAUAGAGCCAGAGGAAGAGGCAUCAACUGUGAAAAACAGUUGGUACAGAUAAGAAAUAAGGGAAGAAUGUAAGCUUUAAAGGGGUUUAAUGCACUGCUACAGUACUUACAACUGACAGAUGUUAGCUAUAGAAUUAAAGUCGAAUUGCAUGUCAAUGAUUUUCUUUUGACUAUCAUGUACUAUAAUAUACACUGGUGCAUACACACACACCAAAGAAGAAUAUGCAUUUGUAAUAAACAAAAAAAGUUGAAUUGUGUUUGAGAGUUAGAGAGUGACUCAGUACAUCUUUCCAUAUGUUUAUAUUUCAUAGAAAAAUCUCUUGCUUUUUACUCCACUACAUUUAUUUCACAGCUGCAGUUAUUUGCUACUUUGACAACAAGGAUUUUACAUUUAAAAACUAAAAAAAUACAUCUCUCACAGUUUAAUUUAAACUACUUGUUUCCAAUCUUUUUGGCUUGUGGCUCCUUAACUAAAGAAGUGUGUUGGGUAGGUCCCCUUCUCAUCUUUCAGAUGACUAUGAAUUGUUAUCAGUUCCAAUGUCUCUGAUGGUUUCAUCUAAAUAUUUGGCUCCCAGAGGUUAAAGUAUCCAAAAUUUUGUUGUGCCAACUCCCUAGGUUGAGAACAUCUGGACCAAGCAACUGCUGAGGUGGGGAAAUGACAUCACAUGACUUAAGAGUUAACUUAGACUGGAGAUGGUUGACUUGAAUGGACUUGACAUUUUUUUCAUGAUUUAUUUGUAUUUUUCUACAUAUUGACAACUUACAUUUUGUUUUAGAAACAUGAUCGGGUGAUUUCUGGUGCAAAGCCCACAAACCUGGUAACUUACUAGGACGCAGUAGACCAAAACACACAAGGCAGCUAUAAUGGGGAGGGGCUAAGUCCAAGAAUUACUAAAAAUUUGGAUUGGAGGAGGAAAGAGAAGGGAGCACAAUUCAAGUUCCACCUAGAGAUUUAUGGUAAAAGUAACAAGAAGGGCUUUAUAAGGUUUAAACAGCUGCAACAGUUUUGUGUUUGACUUACAGCAGGGACUCAACUUGCUUGAUUCUGACCACAGUAACUUGGGACCUGCUUGUGACUUGCACGUGUGUGACACUAGCUGCACCUCCAGCCACUACGGCAGUAACGUUCUGCUUAUACAUUUAUGUGUCAGUAUUAAUAAUCUAAUAUGACAUGUGCCAUGCACCUUUUGCCACAUUCCUGCAAAAUUCCUCAUGUAAUACUGCCUCAACAUUUGCCCUUUGCCCUAAAUAUUUAAAAUGGCUAAGACAGAACAGACGAACGUAAAUCAUGAAAUUUGGCACUAAAAGCAACAAAAAGGGCAAAAGAACAAGUUCAAAAAUCUCACAACCCUGGUUGGGUCAAAGACACACAUUGCAAGGCCCAAGGGACGCUGUGCUAUACUUGACCUUGAUUCUCUUGGCUUGUCUCUAGUAUAAUAACAUCAGUCUUACUGCAGAGACAGUACUUCUACUUUUUGUAUUUUAAGUACAUUUUUCUGACACUGUACUCUUUCUGUAGCAGAUAUUUUAUUUUAAUAUGCAGAACUUUUACUUGUAAUGGAGUAUUUUAAAGAUAUUGUCACUUUUACUUAAGUAGACAAACAGGGUCUAAUAAAGUUUAGAUUAUG